AUGUCGUCGUCUUUUUCUUGGAGCCGGCUCAUCCGCUUUGUCGACGAGAAUGGUGCAGUCAGGUAUGGGGACGUGGUGGAAGAAAGACCUGCAAGUGAGAUGAUUGGCACCAAGGUCGACACGCUCGAUGGUGACCCUUUCGGUGCCAUGACAAGGACCCAUCAACAGGCCACAGUGACCAAGAUUCUUUGUCCGCUAGAAUCCACCCCGAUUUUCAUGUGUAUCGGCUUGAACUAUAGACAACAUGCCAACGAAGCGAACCUGACCAUCGCCGAACACCCUGUGGUAUUCACCAAGCCGGCAGACGCGCUGAACAGCCCGUUAGACGACGUCACCGUCUUUCUAGACAUACAGUCUCAACUCGACUACGAGGGCGAGCUCUGUGUGAUCAUCGGCAAAGACGGCAAGAACAUCCCCGAAGCAGAAGCGCUGGACUACGUGCUCGGGUACGCGGCGGGGAACGAUGUGUCGGCAAGAAAGUUCCAAUUGCCCCCCUUUUCCGGAGGACAAUUCUGCUAUGGCAAAUCCUUCGACGGCUUCGCUCCCGUCGGACCGUGCAUUGUGUCCAAGACUCUGAUUGCUGACCCUCAGACCCUGGACCUGGUCACGCGUGUGGAUGGCGAACUCCGACAACAGACGUCCACCGCCGACAUGAUCUGGACGGUCAAGCAGAUCAUCGCUCACCUCAGCCGUGGAACCACUCUUCGAAAAGGCACCAUCAUCAUGACGGGCACGCCUUCUGGCGUCGGGCUUUUCACGCCGAAUGGGCUCUUGAAGGAUGGAAGUGUGGUCGAGGUCAGCAUCAGUCGCGUUGGCAGUAUCCAAAACAAGAUGGUAUUCGAGUAG